AUGGCGCCCGCACUCCCCUCCCCCUCUGCUCCUCCACCGCCUCCCACCUCUGCACCUCGCGACCACCUCCCAUGGUGUGCUGCUGCGAGGUCGGCCUAUGGGGCCAGUCUUCGGCAAGACUUACCCCGCCGGUUGCCUGAAUCCUCUAACCCCGACGCCCUCACCUCCACAUAUGCAUCGCCGGCGCCAACCCCUUUCCUUCACCCAGAGCCCCGCUGUCUCGCGGCUCCACCUCUGUUCGCGUCAUCCCAAUUUCUUCUUCUCGAAUUUGUUCCUCUGUUGAUUUAUGUUGCCUCUUGUAAAAUCACCAAGGCGCAUGGGGCUCUCUGCAAAAAUGAAACGUUUUCACACAUAAAGAGGUACUGCGGGUUUAAUUACCUAAAAGACAGGGAUCCGUUGGAGGAUGAGGUGGUCACGACGGUGAUGGAUGCGGACGAAGAUGGAGAGGUGGCGGCGGCGUUGGCCGUCCUCCGGGACGCCACCCGGGAGAGCGCUGAGCGUCGGCUUGCGCUCUGCACGCCGCGGCUGCUGGCUGCCCUCCGGCGCGUGCUGCUAAUCUUGCGGCACGCCUCCGUGCGGGUCGACGCGACGACAGCGCUAGUCAACCUCUCGCUUGAGCGGGCGAACAAGGUACGCACCGUCCGCGCGAGCGCCAUGCCGGCGCUCGUCGAGGUGCUCCGCUCGGGUGGCUCGGCGCCGGAGGCGCGCGAGCACGCGGCCGGCCCGCUCUUCGGCCUGGCGCUCAACGAGGAGAACCGCGCCGCCAUCAGCGUGCUGGGCGCGGUGCCUCCCCUGCUGGACCUCGUGACCUCCCCCGUCCACCACCCCCGCGCGCGCCGCGACGCCGGGAUGGCCAUCUACCACCUCUCGCUGGCCGCCGUCAACCAGUCCAAGGUCGCCCGCUUCCCGGGGGCAUCCAAGGCGCUCCUCAGCGUCCCAUCCAGUGCCGCCGAGCCCACGCCCAUCCGCAGGCUGGCCCUCAUGGUGAUCUGCAACGUGGGCGGCUGCUCGGAGGGUCGCGCCUCUCUGAUGGACGCAGGCGCCGUCGUGGCCGUUUCUGGCAUCCUCCUCUCCUCCCACGACGUCGCCGAGCUGGAGGAGUGGUGCGUGGCGGCGAUCUACGCGCUGAGCCGCGGCAGCCUCCGGUUCCUCGGCCGGGCACGCGCGGCCGGCGCGGACAAGGCCCUCCACCGCGUGGCCGAGGAGGGGACCCCUGGCGGCGUCCGGCGCGAGAUGGCGAGGAAGACGCUGCGCGCCAAGCGGGGCGACCUGGAUGAGAAGGCGGACCUGACCGGCAGCAGCCUGGAGUGCGGGGACGGGGACGACUGCGGCGGGAGCAUCGUGUCGGACGGGUUCACGUCGUUCCGGUUUAAUUACCUAAAAGACAGGGGCUUUUUUUAA